AUGGGAAACGAUGAAGACGCCGCGGCCCAAAGACCUAGCAAGCCCACCGGCUACAACUUCUACCGCUCCUCCUUGGGAUCCCCGCGUUAUGUAGUGGCUCCCAUGGUGGAUCAAAGCGAGCUGGCCUGGCGAAUGCUGUGCCGACGCUAUGGCGCCGAACUCUGCUACUCGCCAAUGUACCAUGCGAACCUCUUCGCCACAGACCCCAAGUAUCGCAAGGAUGCCUUGCAGACGUGUCCCGAAGACAGGCCAUUGAUCAUCCAGUUCUGUGGCAACGAUGCUCAACAAAUCCUGGAUGCAGCACUCCUGGCGCAGGACCACUGCGACGCGGUGGACAUAAAUUUGGGUUGUCCUCAGGCCAUUGCCAAGAGGGGUCACUACGGAUCCUUCCUGCAGGAUGAGUGGGAGCUGCUGACAGAGAUUGUGAGUACACUGCACGCAAAACUAGCCGUUCCUGUGACUUGCAAGAUUCGCAUCUUCGAGGACCUCGAGAAGACCAUUAGGUAUGCCAAAAUGCUGGAGGCGGCCGGCUGCCAGCUCCUGACGGUCCACGGCAGGACCAGAGAGCAGAAGGGUCCGCUGACCGGGGUGGCCGAUUGGAACUACAUUAAGAAUGUGCGGCAGCACAUCAAGAUUCCAAUGCUUGCCAACGGAAACAUCCUGGCCCUGGACGACGUUCACCGUUGUCUGACUGAAACAGGAGUCGAUGGUGUUAUGAGCGCCGAGGGUAAUCUGCACAAUCCGGCCAUCUUCAAAGGAGUCUCCCCGCCCGUCUGGCAAAUGGCACAUGAGUACUUGGAGUUCGUUCAGCUCCAUCCGUGCCCGAGUUCCUUUAUACGGGGACAUCUCUUCAAGCUCUUCCAUCACAUUAUGAAUAUCCGGCAGAACUCUGAGUUACGGCAAUACCUAGCCACUGCAAAUCAGCUCGUGCAAUUCCAAGCCGUCGUGCAACAAGUGCGGGCAAAAUAUGAGCCGUUCCACAAGGGCGAGGUGCCAUACGAGCCUGAACAAAUGGCUGCUGGGUCAGAGGAAGAUCUGCCACUUUCUCCCUGGCUGUGUCAACCAUAUAUACGCGCCUCACCCGAAUCCCAUCGCCAGAAGAUUGCCGAAAAGGUGCGCGAGGCUGAGGAUCCUAACCGAGCCAAACGGCAGUACUUCGACAAGGACGGCAAGGAGAUCUCCCGCAAGCGGAUGAAGAAACUGCGGAGACGCCAGCGAAGACCCAACAAAACGGAGGCCCAGAUCCAGCACCGGCACGAGAGGCGCCUGGAAUACUGCUCGGAAUGCGCCAAUCCCCAGGGAUCCAAAUGCGAGUUCCAGCUGUGCCGCGUGUGCUGCAAGGACAGGUGCUACAACAACGAUCGGGAUUGUCCUGGCCACGGGAUUUUGAUCAAAUCCCGCCGAGCCAAGGCCAAGCUUUUUGAGGAGCACAUCGCGCCGAAGGAGCACCAGGAGGUGACGAGAACUUCAGACGACGACCUGACGAUAGCUCCAACGGACGCGCAGGAGCCACUUUGACCUUAAAGCUGUACUUUAGGAAACAUCAUUGUUUUUGUUUCUAUGACUGCGAAUAAAAAUAGCUUGUUUUAAAAA